AUGGCACGAUGUUCAUUUGACAUUCAUCUUUUUGAAAUAAUUGGCAGCUUGAUGGUUGGUGCUGGACUGGUUAUGCUUCAUCCGGGAGGAACAAUCGAUUAUGAUUAUUUGUCACUGGUUUUAGACAUUAAACAAGUUUCAUAUAUGGAUGGUGUGCCAAGCGCAAUGUACACUUUUUUUAGCUUUGUGCAACUUGAGGAAAAGAAAGAUGCUUGUAAAUAUCUUCGGUGUCUUACUGGUGGCGGUGAAAGUUUUUCUGUAAAGUUAGCCACUUUGGUCGGAAAUAAUCAUGUACAAAACUGUACAGUUAUUAACUGCUACGGACCGGCCGAGGCAACUGUUAAUAGUACAUGUCAUAUAGUUGAUAUUUCAGGAAAGGCUCAAAACAUUUCUAUUGGCAGGCCAUCUCCUAACUAUCAAUGCCUGAUCUUAAAUGAGUUUCUACAAAACAUAUGUAUCAACGAAGGAGAACUAUUUGUAGGAGGUGUAGGUGUUUUUGCUGGUUAUCUUGGUCGUGAUGACUUAACUGCAAAAGCUCUUAUUGAAAUAGAUGAUCAACUAUUUUAUCGAACAGGUGAUCUUAUUAGAAUGGAUGACAAUGGUCUUCUUCAUUAUCAAGGAAGAAAAGAUCAUCAAGUCAAACUUCAUGGGCAGCGAAUCGAACUUGGUGAAAUCGAGCGAUGUUUACUUAACAUUACAUCUAUAUCUGCGUGUGUUGUCAUGAAAUGGAAUGAUGAUUAUUUAGUUGCUUAUGUUGAAAGUUGUGAUAUUCAUGAAGAACAACUACGUGAGCAUUGCCAAUCUCAUCUUCCGCCACAUAUGGUUCCAUCGAUAUUUAUCAUACUUGAUAAAUUACCUUUAAAUCCAAAUGGAAAAAUAGAUCGAAAACUUCUACCGCCACCUGAUUUUUCAUCGUCAACUGAUAAUAUUGAUGGCAAUGUGGCGCACACUACUUUAGAAAAACAAUUACAAGAUAUAUUCAGUGAAGCUUUCCAUAUUGAAUCUCCUCGUAUUGAAAUUUCUUUUGGUCAACUUGGUGGAACAUCACUCGGUGCUAUCCUAGCACUUACACUGAUUCGUCAAAAGGUCUCGAAUAAAGUUCACAUUGGUCUUUUAUUUACCAAUCCAUCUAUUCGACAGCUGGCUAUAGCAAUAGAACCUUUCUUGAUUUUGAAUCAAUCACAAGAGACAGUGUUUACAGCCAAUCAAUCUGUUGAAACACAUGCUCGUUUUUCACCUUCGUUUGUUAUAGAAUCUGUAGGUAUUGCACUCCUUGUUUGUCAGUGGUUCUUGCCAAUCAUGGUGAUUCAUCGAUGGUGCCCAUUCCUUUUCCCAGUCUUACCAGCGUUUCAUCUUUUAUUCUAUGCCAUCUGCUCACAUUUACUAUCACCGCGAAACAUCAAUGAUGACAAUGUUUUCUCUUGUAAUUAUUAUCAAUGGUGGUUCUUAGAUCGACUUUGGAAUAAUAAUACAUUUUGGUUGCAGCAUAUACUUGGCACACCACUUUACAAUUAUUAUCUCUGUCUUUGUGGUGCGCGAAUUAGUCUCAACACACAUAUUUAUACUACAAUUAUCGAUGCUCCAUGGUUGUUAGAAAUUGAUGAUGGAAGUUGGAUUGCUACUGAAACGUAUUUGAACUGUUUAUAUUUUAAUGAUGAUAACACUUUCAAACUGAGUCCAAUUAGAAUUGGAUCUAAUUGUUCAAUCGGUACACGAUCGGUUCUAUUUGAUGGUGUUGAUAUGCAAAAUAAUAUUAUUGUUCAACCAAUGUCAUCAAUUACUGGCUUCGUCGCAUCUAAAACGAUUGUUGAUGGUGAAGAACAUAAAUCUCUUCCUUCAGACAUUCCCAUCGUGCAGAGUAACAGAUCAUUAUCCAUAUGGCAUAAGAUCUACCAAAUUGUUGUAGUCAUCUCGAUAAUCUGUAUUCAUUGCACACUUUUGAUCAUAGUAUAUAAAGUUUAUUCAGCUAGACAAAUACCACUACUAUUUAGUAUUGCUUUUUGUUGGACUCUAUGGUCAAUUAUUGGUUGUUUUAUUUCGCUUCUCCUAUUGAAAUUCAUAGUAGGGCCCUGUACUACUGGCGAAAUAUAUCCGAUAGCAUCUAGGUUAUAUUUACAAAAAAUAUGGCUUCGUCAAUUAGUUGUAUCUAGUUUUCAUCAUGCUUGGUUAUUACUGGGUGGCUACAAUUAUCUUUAUCCUUAUAUUCUUCGUUGGUUAGGCGCUCAUAUAGAAGAGAAUGUCAAACUCGCUGAGAUAGGUACUUUUCUUUCCUGUCCAACAAAUCUGUUAAAACUCGAAAUGGGUGUUACUGCUUUUGGUGGAGUCUUAAUAGUUCCUACUGAGUUGACGCUCUUAGGUGAUCAUCGUGUAGAUCAAAUAAUACUUGGAUCUCAUACAAACCUUGCGAAUGGAUGUUCAAUCUUGCCUGGUAGUUACCUUGCAUCUGAGACAAUGAUUGGCAAUUUAACACGCAUCUCGCGAGAGACAAAAAGUAAAUACAGAGAAGUUUUCAUGGGUGUUCCAGCUCGUACAAUGCCAUUUCAAAUGCCUCCAAGGCUAGAAAUACAAGAUGAGAUUGAAAUCAUACCAUUUUGGCAUACAUGUUUGUCUCAUUAUGUCAGCAAAUGUCUUUUAUUAAGCAUUUAUUCGUUUGGUGGUCUUGUUGGUGGAUCAACCAUUCAUACAAUACUUGUCUGUAGUCUUAAUCGAUGUCUUUCAUAUAAAAAACGCCAUCAAAUUGUAGAACAAAUAAUAGGAAGAAUGAGUCAAGAUUAUGAACAAUUUAUUUGUCCAUUUCUUGGUAAUACACAAUGGCUCAUUCGACUAUUUCGAGCAUAUGGUGCUCAUAUUGGUGAGAAUACUAUAAUGCAUGAUAUAUCUAGUAUUACCGAUUAUCAUUUGAUGAGUAUUGGAGAUAACGUUCGACUUAACGCUGGUACACAGAUACAGGGUCACAGUUUCGAACAACGUAUUUUAAAACUAGCUCCUGUAUCAAUCGAUAGUUCAUGUGUACUCAUGAGUGGCUCAAUCGUAAUGGCAGGCUGCAAACUAAUGGGUAACAAUCGUAUUUAUCCCGGGACACUGAUAAUGAAAAAUGAUCAGUUACCAUUAAAUACUCAUUGGAAAGGGAUUCCUGCACGAUCUUGCACAGUAAAAGCAAAAUUAUCUCAGCCGACAAUAGUUCAUGACGAUCUAGUAAAAUAUCAGCAAGGAUAUGAGACAACUAACAAAUUCUUUCUCUGGAACGAACGAAUUGCAAGUAUCUAUACGAAUGUAAACGAAUUACAAUUUAUGAACUAUGGCUAUGCAGAUAUGGAUGAAUAUAUCGAUGAUCAUACUGGCUAUUAUUCAAGAAAGCUUUAUGAACAGGUUCUUGCAAAUGUGACAUUAACAGAUCAGAAUGUCCUUGAAAUUAAUUGUGGUAGAGGUGCUGGUGCUGCAUGGUGUGUUCAUACUCAUAAAUCUCACUCUUACAUUGGAACAGAUCCUUCUCAAGAUGUCAUUAACUUAUGUCAACGACUUUAUUCGACAACUCCUCGACUUUCUUUCGUAGUAGCUGAUGCAACAAAACAUUUACCGUUCGAAAAUGAGUCAAUUGAUAUUAUUCUUUGUAUUGAAGCAACACAUGCUUUCGACGAACCAAUAGCAAUCACACAGUUUGCUAAUGAAGUCACUCGUGUACUUCGUCCAAAUGGAUAUCUUCUAUGGUGUGAUUUUUGUUACAUAAAUGGAUCAGGUACAUCAGUUUAUGAUCUGAUAGCAAAUGAUGAAUUAAUUAUUGAAGAAAAGAUUAAUAUUACAAGGAACGUUCUUCAUGCACUUGACAUUCAAAAUAAAUCUCGUACUGAUUUCAUUCAACGUUAUAUUCAACCUGAAGAACAAGAACAUUUUCGUCGGUUUGCUGGAUUACCUGGUACUCAAGUUUAUGAAGACAUGAGCCAAGAACGUUCACAAUAUUGGCGAGUUGUAUUUCGAAAGAAGACAACAAUAGAUGUAUCUACCAUCUGA